GCGCACAAGCUGAUGAAGGCACCCAAGAUAUUUUGAGGAAGUUAGAUGAACCCUCUGCUAAACAGAAUGUGAAGACAGUACAAGGGGGUGUGUUAAUAGACAUGGAGAAUGCUGAUACCUAUGGUAAGAAAUAUGUUCACAUUUCUUUGCAUAAAAAGUUAACCCUUUAAACCCUAAGAUCAAAAGUUGAAUUCUCAUUUGUUGCCCCUACUCAUUUCCCACAGAAGUUGUGGGGAGAAGCUGAUAAAAUAUCAAGCAUAUUCAUCUUGUGUGAUUAUGUCUGUAAUUCUCAUGACCAUCUGUUUUACAAAGCAUAGAUAUUACAAGGAGAAAUUUGAUGCUGAUAACUCUCAGGGCUUAAAGGGUUAACAGUAUGUGAGUGAAGGUUCGUUCUGUUGAUAGGAGAUCAUCUCAGUAUUAAAAUGUGUCUAAAUUAAUUUUAAAAUAAUAAUUUAUCGUGAAAGCAUGUCAUGGCAAAGUACUCUUCAAUGGUUUCAUUUGAAUGCUGUCAAUAGCAGACUUUGAAAUAUGCUACUUACGAGUUAAAUCUUGCAUGUGUUACCAUAAGAGAACUGUUUACUGUUCUUUAAUUGUAGAUGCAGAUGAAAUGAAAUCCAAAGCAUUAUCAAAUGCUCAGAGGGCAAUCCAAGAUCAAGAAGCAAGGGUAUGUUGACAUGCCUCUAAUGUUGUCUUAAUUUAUCCUGUAGUUCUUGGUCAAGGAGUGUUUUUUUUUCCUUCUAAAAUAUAACAUUAAAUGUUUCUAAUAAGAGCCGUGUAAGAGUCAGUGUAGUUCAGACAUUAUUACAAUAUUAUUAUUACUAUUAUGAUUAUAUAUUUUAUUUUAUUUUAUCUUAUUUUUAAUGAAUAUUUUUAUUUGUAGACGAGAGAAUUUGACAACAGCUACCAGCAAGAAACAGGGAAGAAGGUUUCAAUGUCACAAGCUUUCUGUAAGUCUGGUCUUGUUUUCUCCCUCCACUGAAAAGCCUGUUUGUUACACUUAUCCUAAUUUGAGGUAGCCUCAGAACCACAAAACAGCCAGAUUAAGCAGUUCUGUUAUUUGUAUAAAAACAAAUUAAUGAAAAAGAUUAUUCUGUGCAUAGUUUUACAUUUGAGAAUUUUCAAUGAACAAGUACUCAUGGUUAGGUAUAGAGAGUUUCUGGUUUUGUGAACUGCAGUUCAUGUGGUCAUCAACUCACAUUUUAUAUUAUUUUGUAUUUAGUUGACCAGAGUUACAGUUUAGCAAACCCCAUGAUGAACAUGGAACAAGCCCAUCCCCAACCAACAAUCUUUGAUGGGGAACUUAAAUCAUAUCAGUUAAAGGUAGAUUUCAUUGUGUGAUGUAUCUGUUUACCAUGGCUGUCAUUAGUUUCCUUACUAAUUCUGAUGUGUUUAAAUUAUUUUUCAGGGAAUGAAUUGGCUUAUCAACCUCUAUGAACAGGUAUUUGUUACAUGUACAUGCUGGAAUCCAACAAAAAUGACCAGUUGUUUUCUUGUUCAGCUUUUGGAAGCAUGACAUGACGUAGUUUAUUUGGAUUUCAAAUCAUUAACUGAGUAAACACCUUUGAUUCCACGAAUAUGUGUGUUUUGUGGUAUUAUGGGACUUGUUGAGAUCUCCAGACAGAGGAAGACAAUAAUGCCUCUUUGCCAACAAUCAGUGCAUUUAUGCAAAAUUAGUUUUCAGUAAGAUAUUAGAACUGUUGUGUGUGAAGUCAUUAUCACAUAACUUGCUAAUAUUUUCCCCUCUUUUGGAAGAUGCUGGCUUUUUUUCUGAUCAUCCAACUAUUUGGUUUUUAAUUUGCCUUCCUAGGGGAUCAAUGGAAUUCUCGCUGAUGAAAUGGGCUUAGGGAAGACUGUCCAGUCCAUAGCAUUUCUCUCAUAUCUUGCAGAGGUGUGUUCUGUAGUAAGGGCUUUGUAAAAUGGAGAUGUUUAUGCACUCUGAUAAUAUGCGAUGCAGUCUCAUAACAAUGUAACCUCAACAACAGUAUUAUUAUUAGAGUCAGUUACUGUAAAAAAUUAGUCAUUUAACCUGGCAUCAAAUCAGGGAUCAAAGAAAGUCAGUUUUACAGCUUGCCAUAGCUAACAUGCACUAGCCUAAAAAUGAAAUAAAAAAAAAAAAAAAAAAACAAAAUUGAAGAGCUGGAUUGACUACAGUGCCUUUGUAAUUUGAAUUUCCUAAAAAAAACUUCACUUGCCAGUCGGGCAAGUUAAGAACCGAAUUCACUAGCCUGAUAGCAAAAUCUUCUAAUCCAAGGCUAUUGGACAUGGCUUUCUUUGCACGCUGCAAAUCAUUGUAUUAUUUUCUAGUUUCCCAAAGACAUUGUUGCUCUCUUGAUCUGCGUGAAAAAGGUUUUGUUGAUCUUGAUAGAAAUCUUGUUUUAGUCUCAUUGGACUACUGAAUUACAGGUCUUUUUGAAAAGUACUUUAAGUUUCAAGUAAAUGUUUUAGUUAUUUUGUCCGUGAAAGGGGGGAUUAUGGCCGUGAAUAAUCUUAUUAUUACAACUGUAGUUGAAUUUUGACAGAAAUAUGCGUUUGUUUCCUUUCUACAGACUCAUAAUAUUUGGGGUCCAUUCCUGGUGGUUGCUCCGGCUUCUACACUGCACAACUGGCAGCAGGAAGUUACCAGAUUUAUACCCCAAUUUAAGGUGUUUUUUUUUCAUAAAUAUUAUUAAUAUAUUGCAUUUAUACACAGUAUAAGAAAUAAAAAGACUACUCCAGGGUGCCUUUGCAAGCCCUAGAAAGUUCGGUUAUAGGUGUUAUUUAAUUUUUGUGUCAGAAGAGUUGCAAACUGUAAGAAAUGCUUGCUUUUUGGAUUGAAAACUGGUUUCUUUGUUUAUUUUUUGUGGCAAUUCUCGCCAUUAACAGUAGCAGCUUGUUGGUCAUCAUCUUUACUUAUUAUCAUUGUUUGUUAACAGGUGUUACCAUACUGGGGAAACCAAGGUGACAGGAAAUCUCUUCGAAAAUACUGGACACAGGUAUAGUGUGUGAUGUUUACAUAAACUGCUGGAAUAUACAUAGCAAGUAAAGGAACAAAUAUUCCAGCUGUAAAGGGAUAUUGCCCUUUAGAGUUAAGAUUGAAGAAUUCCACUCUCUUUGACAGCCUUAGUAGACAAAAUUGGCUGCUUUUAUGGGUCAUUGCAUUCGAUGUGGGGAGAAUGAAACACAUAAUCUUGCGAUUCCUGUGUUCCUUGGGUAUCCUUGGGUACUCAAUUAAUCAGUCUAUGAUUACUAUUAAUUAAGGAGUGGCUGUUGUCUUUUCCUAACAAGUUAAACUUUGUUUAAUCUACAUUACACUUACUCAAGUUGCAAGCAGCCUUCUUUGAUACUAUUUAUGAAGUUAAUUUAAAGCCCUGGAUUAAACAAUGCCUCGCCUGUAGCCAAUUAGAUUGUCUUCUUUACUCACCAAGUCGUAUUCUUUUUCUGUGUAGAAACAAGUUCACAUAAAUGACUAUGAGAAUGCUCCAUUCCAUGUACUUAUUACAAGUUACCAACUGGUGAGUAAAAGCAUUGAACUCGCUCAUGUUGAAUCAAAGCUGUGGUCUAAGGUUUAUUGAAGGGAACAUGUAAAAUCUUGGGUGCCCUGCAUAUGAUUUGUAUGAAAAAACAAAGGUUUUCUAGUCGCCAUGGUUUUCAUUGAGAAUUCUAGUAGCAGGAGUAAGGUGUAAUGUUACAGAAGAACAUUUUGAAAGAGGCUCCUCAUCUGAAUAAAAAGUAGCCCCAACUAUCGAACAUUAGCUAGAGAAUUCUGCUUAGUAAAUGGAGAAUUUUUCCGAUGGCUAAUGAACACCCUGAGUCACCCAAGAGCAAAAGUUGGGAGCCAGGGGCCACCAGGCUCUGCCAGCUGGAACACAGCCCCACGAAUUAAAAUUUAGUAAACUCAAAUAGGCUAUUUUCUAGUUGCCCCAAGCCUCUGUUUCAAAGCAAGGCUACGUGCGAAGUCAUUGAUGUGGAAAUGAUUUUUAAUUCUCAUGCAAAUCAAACUCAUUUUAACAAGAAAGGUUUUGCACUUGGUCCCUGGUUUGUAAGUGAGAGAUUUUGGAACUCCGAAAUGUCCUAUUCUCGGUUUUCACAUGACGUCACCAAAAUUCAAACUAAGAAACUAUCGAUUCUUCUGAGUUUCUGAGUUUCAUGAGGUAUUACAGCACCUAAACGCCUUUAUUUAAACAGAGUUUUGGUUCGAAAGGGUUCUUCGUUUUGCGAUAGAGGACGUUUGAAUUUCUAGGCUUUUGCGUGACGCGGCAUUAAGCUGGCGGCCACAACGGCUCUUAUGUGGGUUAAAAACAUUACCAAUUUUGGGAGAUUUUGCUGUCUAAACAUUCCUUGUCUCAGAAUAAAUAUCACUUUAAUAGUUUAUGAGUUUUUCAAGCGAUGAAUUAACUCAUUAGUAGGAAAACUCAAAAACAGAUGUUUCUGUCACCCAAAAGGACACAAACAUGGCGUCGCCAUACAAAGCUUUGUAAAUUUGGGUAAAACGUUUUUCCUAAUAUCUCGCAUAUGAAAUAUCGCACAGACCUGAUUCUUGGCGAGGCCUUUUGUUUAUUUAUCUUCUUUUAUUUCCUAGAUUCGGGACCCCAUGAAUUGAAUGGUUUGCAAUUUUAUUUUUGAUUGCGUGACAGUGAAAACCGAGAAUUGUUUUAACAGAGCCCCAUAGCUUUAAUCUACCCAUCCCAGAAAAUUUGGUAAUCACGUGACCGUACGACCGUCCGUCCGCACCACAGGGAUACCAAUGUAAAAUAACUCAAUCAACAGGGAUGGGAACCCAAAUGCAACUCAAGGUUUUAUUUGUAAGGAAAUCACAUGGCCGAACGGACCUGUAGAAAAAAAAAAAGUCGUGUCUUUUUUUUUCGGCGUUAUUUUUUUAUGUGUACACUAACGUGGAUAACAGAGAAAAAGCUAGAGCGAGUUAUUGAAAAUUCGUUGGAAGAAAAACAUGGAAAUUCAAAGCGGCGGUGAGAAAAUGAGAAAUGCUGGCGGCCAGCAAGGUGAAAAUGAGCGGCAGUGAAAAAAUAAAAGCGAACAUGAACACUGGAAACAAAAUAUUGGGUAAGCACAUACGACAAUUUCUCCAUAAAAAUAGUGUGUAACUAGGAAGUUUGAUGUUUUACUCGUACAAAACAGUGUUGUAGUCGUGCAAAACAACGGCAAGGGAAAGACAGAAAAGCGUGCUGCACGUGCAAAUUUGCUUUUUGCUAAUUAGAAGAAAAAGUGGCUGCACGUGCAAUUUGUUUUUUUGCUAAUUAGAUCUAUUACUCUUGAAGCCAUUUUCAUUGUCGUCCCCCGUUUAGCGUCGCACGAUUCAAUUUUUUUUGUUUACACGUAUUAUUAACCAGAGCUUCGCUUUUAGCCCUGGCUAAAUCUAUAUAUUCUACAUGUAUGUAAUCAUCCUGUUUAAUGGAGUGGUCAGUCAAGUCAGUUGUUUUGCUGUUUUAAACUCUUAAUUUAAGUUUUGGUAGCACAGAGGGAUUAGCUCUACAUUUUACCACAUGUAAAUUUGGUGCACAAGUCAUGUCCAUGAGAAUACUUUAAUUAAAGAGAGUAUGCAAUAUCAAAAGGCUAAAACAUUUAUCUCUGCAAAGAAGUAAAAAAAUCUGCUUCCAAACUGCUGAACAGCCAUUCCUAAGAGUGUCAAAUAUUUACAAUUCAAUCAAUAGUACAUUUUUUUGAAAUCAGGUUGUCCAAGAUGUCCGGUAUUUUCAACGCAUUAAAUGGCAGUACCUUGUACUGGAUGAAGCACAAGCAAUUAAAAGCAGUUCCAGGUAAAAUAAUGUAAAAUACUUAAGAGAAGUUACGUAAACCUUGGUCUGACUUGUUGGGAUAAUGAGGUCACUCUGCGCGUGAGAUCAGCCUUCCUUCAACAUGAAGUUCUUUUUCCAAUGUUUUGGACUUAAUUAAUUCAUGGUCCCAGAAAUUUAGGAUAAAAUAAUUAUUGUGUUUGGCUGUUGUAGAGUUUGGAUCUGAAUAAUCAGGAUAUUUAAAAAAGAAUAAGAAGAAAAUUUUAAAUAAUUAGGAAUCUGUUACACACCUCUUAAUGCUCAUGAAGUGGUGCAUUUUGCAGCAAUUUUCAUCAAAUUUUUUUUUUUCAUUUUACAGCGUGCGUUGGAAGAUUCUCCUUGGCUUCUUGUGUAGGAACAGACUUCUUUUAACUGGAACACCCAUUCAGAAUAGUAUGGCAGAGGUUUGUGUGAUUUUAACACUUCACAUCAACUUUUAACAUAGUCUUUUGAGUGCUUUUCCUCACAGCUUUUGCUUGUUCUCAUUGACAGCUGUGGGCCUUGCUUCACUUCAUUAUGCCGACGUUGUUUGAUUCACAUGAAGAGUUUAACGAGUGGUUCUCGAAAGACAUCGAAAAUCAUGCUGAAAAUAAAACUGCCAUUGACCAAGGUAUAGCAUAGCCUAUAUGGGUAUGUCUAAAGACGUACGACCCCUUAAGAGGUCCACAUGCCCAGAAUUCACCCCUGUAUAAGCUGGUUCUAACUCAGUUUGAGUCUAUGGAUAAAAUCCUAAGGUGUGGCCAUUCAAAAAUAAAUAUUUGUCAGCUGUGCUUUACUUGGUUUACUUGGACCCCGGCUGGACCAGCACUCAGGAUCUUUAAAUAAAUGAGAAGAAAGUUCUGCCUCUGUAAUGACAUUUGCAAAUGGUUAGGCUUUCUAGUCUUCUCGGAUAAGGACGAAAAACCGUAGGUCUCGUCUUACAGCACUUUCACUGAUUUGUUCUUGUGGGAUGCAAAAGAACCCACAUCACUGUAUAAAAAAAGGAGGGAACGUAGACCCCGGUGGUGUACCCCGCGGAAUUUCUUAAAAGUUAGAGCCAUACUCAAUACCACCACCCAUAAAGGUUGGCCAGGGAUGGCACCUCGCAUGGGACCUGUGAGUCCCGUUCAUGCCCACUCACUCUAGGCCUGUCUGUGCCCAGAAAAGAGCUGGUAAAGCUAAAACUAAAACCGUAUUUACCGAAUUUGCUUUGCUAACCGUUCAGAGAGAAAUUGAACUGGGUUAGUGCUGUUUUUAAUAUGAUGUUUUAUAAUCUUACGUAUAUGACGUGCAUAGAUAAGCCUUGAGGUUGAAAUUUUAGUUUCUAAUUUAAUAUUAUUUUUGUUCAUUCUAGACCAGCUUUCAAGACUUCACAUGAUCCUGAAACCCUUUAUGUUGCGAAGAAUAAAACGGGAUGUGGAAAAUGAACUGUCUGAAAAGGUACCAUAACUUUAUGCUUUUCAGUAAUAAGUGCAUAUAUGCUCAAUUUUUUCGGCUGGAGUCUUUGCCCCGAAGUUAUUGCUGUGUUGUAUGAAGCCAAUUGAUAAAAAAAGAUUUCAUAUCCUUACAAGACGCUUUUUUGGGGUCAUUUUGUUUAUUUUCUCUAUAAUUUCAGAUUGAAAUCAAGCUUGUGUGUCAUCUCACAACAAGACAGCGCCGGCUUUAUCAAGCUGUGAGAAAUAAAAUCUCCAUUGAUGAUCUUGUUUACACGUCAACGUCUUCCUCGUCAACUAAUGCAACAACAAGCAGCCUGAUGAAUCUAGUCAUGCAGUUUAGAAAAGUAAGUUGAUUCUGACAUUUUCUUCGUCUGUCUAUAGUUCUUGUUGGUAGUGAAGUGAGUUGUGGUUGAAUAAGAAAUUACACUCCUUUUCACUCCUCCACCCUGCCCCUGUCAAGUGUGGAGCACGGCCGCACUCCAUCUUACACCAUUUUGUUAACUCGUUCACUCCCUGGUGAUAAAAACAUGCAAUGUGGUUUAACUAGUGAACCAGCGUCAUUUUGGCGGGAAAACCUUGAUAGCCGUGAAUGUCGUAGUGGCAAAAACCAGUCAGAAGUUUUAGUUUGUGAUCGGAAAAGGGCUCGACCUUCUUCAAUGAAAAUAUCCGUGCUAACUUUUCUAGUGAAAAAGAGUUACAAUCAAGCAUUCCGUGGUGUCUAAUUUUUUUGAGAAAAACGCAGUAAAACUUGAAGUUAAACGUCCUCGCCCUCGAAUCUAAAACUUAAGGUCUCUAAUGAAUUUUUCUUCUAUGGCUGUAGGUCUGUAACCACCCAGAGCUGUUUGAGAGAAGAGAUGUGCGUUCUCCCAUUCAUGUGGAAGUUUCGCCCUUCCAUCUGCCUAAACUCGUCUACAGAGAGGGUAAAGUAAUCGUGUUUUGUUUGUUCGUAUGUUGUAAGUAAAAUCCAUCCUCAAGUAGCCUGGAACAAACAAGCUUUCAAAGAGGGAGAAGGUGGGAAAGAUAUGAUCUUUUGUCUUCUGGAAUAAUCGCGUAAAAAGAUUGAAAAGACGCGUUACUUAUGUCUUCGUUUCCGUUGUUAUAGCGUACGAUCCCAGUUAUAUUUUGUUAAUUUCAGGAACGACAAGUGAAAAAAGAAAAAUGGCAAAGUGACAAAUUGUGAAAAUUUCUUUUCUUUUCAGGCAUCUUACAGUUCACAACACCAAGUAAAACAAAGUAAGUUCAGUGUCUUCAUUAAUUAAGAGAAUUUGCUGCAGUUGUAUUCGCUCCAAAGCAAAGUUUUUGAAGUGCAAUCAGGAUUUACAGUGUAAUAAGUAGUAAAAGAGAGUAUUGUUAGGCAGCUUUUAUAGUCUGAGAGGUGUAGUCAGAGAUUACAGAUUACCGCAAUUCGUCGGUUUAGAAACAGGGAAAGGAGCUGUUGCCAAAAUGGGAUCAUUACUGAGUAUGCGAUGGUCAGCUAUUCGUUAUUUUUUUCCCUGUCUCCAGUAGCAGUCUCAGAAGUCUUUGUGAAAGUUAACUCGGCUAAAUAUCCUUCUUGUUUCUUAAGUGGUGAAUCGAAGAAGUUUUCCUCUUUGCAUCAAACUUUUUUUGCAAUAUCUAAAGAGUACCGUGACAUUUUGCUUGCUUUUCAGAAUUCUUUACAAUCUGCUGAAUAUCAGUACAGUGGAUUAUAUUCACAGCUCUUUGAAGCCUGAUGUAUCAGAUACUGCAGGUAAUGAAUGUUAAUCUGGUUGGGGGUUCUACAGAACUGAAUAAUUGUUUUGCUGAACACUUAUGAUUGCACUUAUGUUAUAAAGAUGCUGUGCCUUGCACCGCGCCAGGUUUAACUGUGUCGGUAGAGCACUGAAUUGCAAAUCGGGAAGUCGCCCUGAUAUUGUGAAGUAACAUACUUUUUCUGAAAUUUGUGAUUGUUUUCUAUAUAUUUUCAGCCCCAGCAAGUGACUGUUUCUCGUUUUUGAAGUUCAUCAACUUGUCUCCUGAACAGCUCUCAGCCAUGAUGUUGAAGGGACUUGUAUUUAGGUGAGCCUGUUAUCUCCAUUUCUAGACUUGCGUCUCGUUCACACCAAAGUUAAGACGUGCUUCAGUGCUGCUAGUCUGACUAUCUCACAAUCUUUGGAGGGAGAUCGUAGCAGGGAAAAGACAUAAAAGACCUUGAGAUUCUAAGACCAGUACGACUACGAGUACGAGAUUUCCGCAAUACUAAGUAGAGCAAGCGCGUGAACCAGCGUCAUUUUGGCGGGAAAAUGUGGUAGCCGUCGUCACUCUACUACGAGUUUUAGCGAGAAUAAGGCCAUUUAUACGAGGAAAAAUAAGACGCGUCUUACGUAAGACGCGAACUGUACCAUUUAUACGAGCAUGUCUUAUCUAAGACGAGAACAGCUCGUAUAAAUGGUUCGCGUCUCAUUUCUGUUCUUGACUCGUUUUCAUGUGAAUGUUGCCCGUAGCAACUCCAAUCCAACGUAGCGCGCCAAAAAUUAACGCAUGCGUACUAUGCGUUCGCGUCUUAUUUAAGACGCGAAGGUCAUUUAUACGAAGUUUUUCGCGUCUUGUCUAAGAACACGUGUUAAGGGCUGUUCUAAAAUAAGACGCGUCUUAUUUUAGACGAAAUGUGCCGUUUAUACGGAAAGUUCGCGUCUUAUUUAAGACGCGUCCUAUGUAAGACGCGUCUUAUUUUUCCUCGUAUAAAUGGCCAUAAUGUCGUGUUAGGAGACACAAGUUAUAAAGUGUUAUAGUUUUUAUUAUUUUGCGGCUGGGAGAUAGCUUAACCUCCUUCAAUCAAGAUAACAGUGCUAAUUUUUUGGUGAAGAAGAUGUACAGUGAAGCUAUCCGGGGUGUCUAUUAUUUGAGAAUAUGCGAAAAAACAUAAAGGCCUCUAUAAAAAGCGGGGUGAGCUACUUUUUUAGGGGAGUGGUCUAAAUCAUAUACACUUCAAGCAUUCCAGCUUUAAGCUCAGAACUUACAAAAGUGAAGCAAGAUCAAACGGGUUUUUGAAAACGGUACCUUGAAUUUUAGCUUUUUCUUUAAGACACUCGAGCUACAGUGUAUUGUUAAAACAGCGUAUAUGUUUUCUUUUUUCAGAUUGUUAGCUUUGGUUAUUCUUCUGAGAGAAAUAAAUAUCCUUCAUCAUCAAAGAUUUUGGGGUGAAGAUGUACCCAGAAAUAGGUAAGUUUAGCACCCCUUACUUGAACCUAAUGCACCUCACUCCUUCUAACGAGUUAUUUUAAACCUUUUGUCGUUUGCUUUGUACGCAAUUCUACAUAUCUCUAUUGUUAGAUUUCUAAAUACUCUGUAAACCUUUGUUUUCUUCCACAGCAAGUGUUUGGGUCGCCAUGGGUUGAUUCUCUGGCCAGAUUCAACCACCUCCUAUCCGAGCAUCCAGUCCAGUUCAGUUUUUCCAUCGCUGGUAUUCACUGGUUACACCAAGAGAGUAUCUUCGCACUUGACUCACAAUGUGCAACCCAUCCUGGACGACAGCGAUCACAAACCGCUCAGAGGGAAAGCUAAAGAACACUCCAAAGGAACUAGAACUCGUCGCACUUCAAGCAGCGCAGCUGUAUCACCAACCUCUCCAACAAAGAGGAAAGAAUCGCGGCAAAAAGGCCACCAUUCACAUCACAUAGUGAUUUCACCGACCGGCAAGAUCCCCUCGUCUCCUCUGAUGCAUUCUCCUACUGGUCCUUUCUCCCCAACAAAGCAUUACGGGCACUCAUUUCCCACACAGAUGUCCCCAAACACUAGGCAUCACCAUAGCUUGCCAGUCUCGCCCUCAAGAACUCAUCAGCAUCCCCACGGACCCCUCCCUGGGGCGCUUCAUUUGGACGAACACCAUUCAUCUUUGGGACAUUCGACUUCAGCGGCUUUUGGAAGCCCAGUGAUGCAUUCAACUCCCGGGCAUGCCCCAUCUUCACUGCAUUCCCCCACGGGGCAUGUGCCACCCUCGUUACACUCACCCCCUGGACAAGGUGCCCCACUGCCCUUCUCCCCCACAAGGUAAAAACUUUCGCAUCAUUACACGUUUUUUUGGGAAACUGCCCACCCACCCCUCUCCUAAGCCAACAGUUUGCCACAAGUGAGAACUAAGUGUUAAUGUUGACUUAGGGGAGGGGUAGGUGGGCAGUUUCCCAGAAAGGUUUAAUGAUCCAAACUUUUAACAAGCGUAACAGCGUGACAAACGAAUCGACGGCUUUUACAGGGUUCACACAGUCUUGGAAAGUCCUUGAAUUUAAAGGGAAGUCCUUGAAAAGUCCUUGAAUUCCAUUUUUCCUUGAAAAGUCCUUAAAUUUCUGUGCAAGUCCUUGAAAAGUCCUUGAAUUUUCUUCAACUUUGAAUGGAGUGACCUGGAAAAAUUUUUCUGAUGCUUUUUGGUUGUCCAAGACAGAAUAUAAAUCAUAGCUCAGAGAAUUUAAAGGUUAUUUACAUAAAGUGCUCUAUGUUUUAUGCAAGAAUCAACUGACAAUGUAGAGAAGCUGGUGAGGCAAACAGUUCAAGCCUUGAAGUCUUACUAGAAUAGACUGGGAAUGUGCAUUUUUGUACAAUCUGUGAAAUUAUAUUCCUAGUAGCUGGUCCUUGAAAAUCUAAUGUGGUCCUUGAAAACUCCUUGAAAAAUGGUUGCAAUUUUUUGUAUGAACCCCGUUGUACAGAGAAUGCUGACAUGACCAAUGGCACAGUUUGCCUCUUAAGAAACGAGGAUUAAUAUACGUGUCUGGGGAAACUGCUCACCUACCCCUCCCCUAAGCCAACAUUAACAAUUACUUUUCACUUAGGGCAAAAUGUUUGCUUAGGGGAGGGGUAGGAAACAAUGAUCCAGGAGCGAUAAGGAAACUGGGUCGCAAAGACAUCUGGGACUGUUACUAGGGACAGGGGAAAAACAUUGGCCAAUAGCUGACCAGUGCGUCCCCAGUAACCAUCCCAGAAACAAUUGCGGGACGCAUUUCGGUAACAGUCAGGUCACGUCUCGCUUCUACGGUGGCGAAUGGCAAAUUGUUCACCAGAAAUCAUGUUCAGUGCUUUUCUCGCUCUUUAAAUUCCAUUGAACCUUAACCUUGUUAAAAAUUGCAUUUUAUUCACCCUGUCAAUGACUAAAACUCAAAGUAAUUUUUUGUAGGCAAGGCCCAUCGCUUUUGACAACUUUACCGGAGGGAUUCCACCUUCACGCCGCUCCAGGAGUUGUUCCAGUAGAUAGAACUUUGCAACCCACACCUCUUCCAGCCUUUUUGUCGACAUAUAUUCCAAAGGUAAGAUGUGUGGUUUAUGGUGUAACUUACGUCUCCUCAAUAUCGCACGGCACGGUUUGAUAUCGUUCAUUGUUGUGUAGCUGCAAAUGUUUCCUCCAACAGCGCGCAAACUUAUUGGUUACUUUGAGGUCAUAUAGCUUCUGAAUGGGCAACAAAGGCUAGGGGUGCACUGUUCACCAACGAAUGUUGAUAAUUCCCUGAGUUUUGCUUUGGACGCGUAGAAAUUUUUUAAUAUAACAAACCACGUAAUGACUGGUCCCUCCCUUCUUUUAUAUAUCAUUCGUAUGGGGGCACCAAAGCUCCAUAUAUGUGCUGCGUAUAUGGGAAUUUAGGGUAUCUUUCUUUACUUUGCCACAAUCUAAUGAGUCUGUUGUUCUUCAUCUAGGUGACGGCAGGAACCAGCGUUUACCAAUGCAGUGACCGUAGCUCUGCAUACGAGAUUCAGGAACUGUUACAGGGAGGCUCAGAACUCUGUCGGAAUCUCCUGUUGUACGGGACCCCUGACCUUGAAGAAGUGAACUUUGCCAAGCGUCAUCUCUUUCCUUCACCGCUUGGCGGAUUGGAAGGUUCAGCACCAGAAACUGGAUGGUCCUUCGUGCAAAUUCCAGGUGUGGUUGAGUGUUUCUUCAACAAAAUAUUCUCCACACUGUUGUCAAUACAUUUGUUAUAGUGUUCACGAUGAGAAUUGAGUUAACAAUCAUUUUUUGGUUAAGCCUGUAAGUAAGCUCUCUCGGGGAGGGUGGGGAUGGGGGUGGGGGAGCCUCUUGGGGUGGCGGAGAAAAAAUAAGGAGAUGAAAGUCAAGAUGUGUGGCCUGUCACCACAUUUAGUUUAUCAAGAUGACAUCAUCACCAAAUUUGUCUCCGCCAAUCAGCAUUUUACACCAACUUUUUCGAUGCAGAGAUUCAAAUUUCUUAGACGUGACCGCAAACUCUCGUGUUCUUCCGUCCCCAGCUCCCAGAAUCCCGCAGAGAAGCUGCUCGCAGGCAAUCUUCGUUUGUAACCAUUCCUCUCAAUCUCCUGGCCUUUUUGUUAGAGAAAGCGGUGUUAUUGAAAGGAGAAAUUAACCUUGGAUGACUUGGGGAAGGGGGGGGGAGGGGUGGGAAGCGACGCUCAUAUUCGGAGCAGGAAUGCUAAUUCGUUAGUUUGGGCAGGAGGUGGGUUUGAGUGACUGUACUGUUGGUCUUUCAGUGCAUUGACAGUGUAGAUAGUUCUUGUUUGUAAUGGAGUGCAUCUCUUUCUUUUUAGACCGCAAUGCAUUGAUUACAGACAGCGGCAAACUUACAGUACUCGAUGGACUGCUGAGAAAACUCAAGCUUCAAGGACACAGAGUGUUGAUCUACUCCCAAAUGACCAGAAUGAUUGACCUGUUAGAGGUAAAAGGCAUUUUAUUCAUCACUGCAUUGAAACAUAAAAUAAUAGGAAGCCUUCCCCCCUUUGACUGAUUAGCUUUCCAUUUAUUUAGGAGCAGGGGAAGGAGGGGGGGCAAUGUCAUUGUUGAAUAUCAUGUAAAUUGCCAUUCGUUUUAUGUGUAAUCAAUUCGUAUUUUUUUAAGGAGUACAUGACCUACCGAAAACACAAGUACAUGCGCUUGGAUGGCUCGUCCAAAAUCUCCGACAGAAGAGACAUGGUGGCCGAUUUUCAAAAUAAGUAAGUCCCCCUCUACAGAAGUAUCUGAAGGGAGUUAAAGUUUUCGCGACUACAGACUACCUACUACGGGCUUUUAUACUACUUCACCCCACAGUCUUAAAUUUGGUAUGUUGACUACUGAAUCUAAGGAUUUUGAUUGCCCAGUUCGAAAAGAUGGGUACGAAUCCAUAAAAAAUAGAACAGAAAAACCUUUGUUCAUUCGUAUUCUUUUGUCUAUACACAUUUGCAAGCCACGAAAAUUCAGUGUUAAGUAAGUUGCAAUAGUCUUUCUAACCUUCUAAGAAUGAAGGGUUUGUAUAAAGCUUCAGCCAUUGGAUAGAAACAAAGCGCAUUCUUUGCAUUGGCUAGCGAGUGUUAAUAGUUCUUAUUUGUAUUUAUGCUGUAAGCUUUCCUUUUCAGCGCGGACAUUUUUGUUUUCCUGCUGAGCACCCGAGCAGGGGGUCUGGGGAUCAAUCUCACUGCUGCUGACACGGUAAGAAACCUUUCGUAGAGUAUGUCGUGUAGAGAGCAUCAUUUGUCUUUUUGUCAGGUCCAAGUCUAAAGCUUUAUCUUCUGCAUUUGACAGGUAAUUUUCUAUGACAGCGACUGGAAUCCCACUGUGGAUCAACAGGUAAAGAGUUGUUAUUCUGAAUUACGGAUACAGUCAAAUCCCGAUACUGCGCGGGACACUCUCGGAACCGAGAGUUAGUGUCUUUAAUAACGAGAGUCCGUAAUAGCUGGAUGGAAAUGAAUUUCGUUUAGAAGACAAUCGUAAAUUAACAGCUGUCGCCUGUCCGUAUUAUCGGGUGCCCACAAUACCUACGUGUCUGCAAGGCGAGAGUUGACUUUAUGAAGAGAACUUCUUGUCCUAAAAAUUCUUGCCAAGACUAUAUGAAUUUCUAAAAAACAGAAAGACUAGUAGGACGAACUUUAUUAUUAGAGCAGUGGUUAAAGUAGACUUUUAUUUCACCCCAACAACUGUUUUUGGUACACAGGCCAUGGACCGCGCCCAUCGCUUGGGCCAGACUCGCCAAGUGACCGUGUACAGACUGGUAACGAAGGGAUCCAUUGAAGAGAGAAUUUUACAGAGAGCUAAAGAAAAGAGCGAGGUUAGAACUCCACUCUGCGUAUUUGCUACGUUAAUAACGCUAUGUCAAGCUAUUUGUCAUAUUUUGAAAAAGCUAAACCGUGUCCUCGCAUCUAUUGAAUUCAAAAAAUCGUGGUACACUGUUGUGAUGUAAGACUAUGGUUAGGUAUUGAAAUUGUUUCCUAUCGUCUGUUGCUACAGAUUGUCAGGAUGGAUGUGGAUUGAAUCUUGGAAAAGUUGGACCAACUUUUUCAAGUUUUAAUGCUCUGCCUGCAAAAGUCAUGAAAAAAAUAUCAUUGUUUGAUAUCUUCAUAACUCUACAGGAUAUUUAUGUAUGGGCAAAUGCACUAAGUAAUGGCUUAAGCAUAGAACUGACCUGAAACAGUGAUAUCUUAGUGACAUGAGCACUUUUUCUAAACCUUCUUUUAAUGUUCUGAGCGGUUAUUCGUAUGUUUAACCGUAGUUGGUAUAGGAGACUGGUUUGGAAACCCGGCAAACAUCAAAGUUGAAAACAACGGUGCUGUAGUUUAUAUUGGAAGCUUCCUGACCGAGCACAAUCCUUUGUUUUCUGUUAACAAAUUGUGACUGAAUAAAUUAAUGCAAUGAUUCUAUUGGUCAGUAAGUUCAAAAUGAUAGGAAUGCUAUUGAAUGUUGUGCACGGUCAGGUCCAAAAAAGCUAACAAAAACAUAUAACAAAAGAGUCUAACGGGUUUCAUAACCAUUCCACUUUAAUAAAUAUGGUUUACCUCAAUUAAAUGGUAGUUCCAGCUCUUUGAAAUUUGAUAGGUUUUGUGAUACAUGUACAGUUCCUUUAAUUUGUUUUCCCUCGAAUGUCAAUUGAACCCUGUGCCUCUGGCUUUAGUUGUUAUAUUUGUUCCACACCUUUGGUAAAAUUAUAUUGUCUGGAUUUCAUUUUAGAUUCAGAAAAUGGUGAUAUCGGGAGGCCACUUCAAGCCUGAAGCUCUUAAACCCAAAGAAGUUGUCUCUCUCCUACUUGACGACGCGGAACUGGAAUGCAAAUGUAAGCUUGUGUUACUUGUCAUUCCUUAGUUCGUAAAGCCCCCACUUUCAAAACGAGUCCAAAUGCAAAGCCCUUUUGUGGGAAAAUGAGUUUUAAUUUGAAAGUUGCUUUGAGUUGGUUUUUAUGUAGUACUCAAGACUUUGCUCUUACCCUUGCUUUGUAAAAAAUAUGCUUCCAGCAACACGCAAGCUCGGACUAGCAUUCUAGUACGGACGGGGUCUAAGCACACUAUUAUUUUUUUCAAUAUCUUUUGUUCAAACAGUCCUCCAACGUCAAGCUGAAAAGAAGGCAGACGAGCAACGACGGAGAAGAGAAAGGAAAAGGAAAAAGGGUGGAGGACCUGCUGAGGUACUUUUGCGGAAGAUUUUAAAGAAACAAAACAAACUUACAAAUUUGUGAAUAUCUAUAACUACCCUCUCUUUAAAAUGACGUUUAAAAUGAUGUCUGCUGAGUCCCGAAGGUAGUUUUGCCAGUGUGUCGAAGUUUUGUACCUUGAAACGUGAAUGGCUAAGAUUAACGUUACGGCAAACUUCUUAAUGAGUUAAAACUAUUCCUCAAAGUUAAGAUUUUUGUACUUCAAAUUGGUAACAGGCAGGUUUUAAGGUGGGCAAAUGUCCGUAUCGGCUUGAAAGGACUAUGAAGAACCUAGCUAUCAGACCUGAGUGAUAUUAGCUUAGUGUAACAACAUAUAGGUGAGAAACAGUUAUGGUUCUAACAGUUAUUUGACGUCAUCUGUCAAUUUUUACCGAAUAUUUUUCAAAACGGAAAUAUAAUCUUGUUACCUUAGUCAAACUGCAGUAUUGUAAAAAAAAAAAUCCUUGGGUUGAUAUUUAAACAACAACGAUUCCUUUGUUUUACUACCUAGUUGGACGAAGGCGCGUCCCCAAGUAUUGACGUCAUGGAUGGGACACCCCCCGCUAAGGCCAGGAAAGGGCGCAAAAGUAAGAGCUCUCUUGUACCACCCGUACCAGAAGGGUCCUUAUCUGGCUCCAAACCUGCCUCUGAGACAAGCAGCUUAACUGGCGAGGGAAUGAGCGUGAGGACUGGGGAAGGGUUUGAUGUUGAUGGUACUGUCGGUGAUGACAUAAGCGUGUUGAGUCUGGAUGAAGGUAUGUUGCGUUACUCUUGUUACUGUCACGCUAACUUAAGUGACAUGGUUGCUACAGGUCAGGAAAUGGUCAAGGGAAAAAUUUUAUCAAGGUCUGAAAUUUGAAGAGUACAUAUUUUUGUCGGCUCCUGACGGUCAUGAAUCAUGUUGUAUUAGUAGGAUAUUUUUCGUAAAAUUGAACGACAAGCUGAUGUUGGGUUUUCAAGAAAAUCAAUCCUCGUUUUGUUAAGGAACUGUCAAUUCAUGUACACUGCACGUGACUUGCGGAAAAGAAAGCAUAGAUAAAUGAGUCUAUGAGGGGAGGUGUGAGUCCAUUUUCAGGGCUAAUUUGUGAAACUGUUGAUUCGGUUGGUCGGGAAAAUCUUACAGUUGUUAGGAUUGUAGAAACCUUUGACUGUGGCAACCAUGAGUGAAUUUGUUCCCUUAGAGCUAACUUCAAAUAGACUGAAAAGUCUGGUCGAGUGAAAUCCACGAUAUGUAAAACAAACUGUAAUACAAAAACUGCUUUUCAAUUACUGUUUUGGAGUCCACAACUUAACUGAGUGAACUGUUCUUUUUGUUCACAGUUUCACUUGCGUCCGCUGAUCUUUCAAUGGACGUUCCUCCAAGUGGCACAGGCACCCCACUCAGUUUGAAACCCGAGGGAGAUGACCUAGAUGUUCCCCGCAGUGAGAAUGCUAGUCCCGCGCUUUCAGACACCUCCAGUAAAAGAGGAAGAGGCAGAGGCCGGGGGAGAGGAAGGGGGCGCGGACUUCCCACUGGUAGGGGACGAGCGUCAUCCAGUAUUCGAGGGACAAGAACCCGAACGCGUGGACGAGGAACAGGCGGAGCUCUUGCUGCUUCCGCAGCGGCUUCAGCUGCCGCCGCAGCUGCAUCUGCUGCUGCGUAUGCAGCCUACGGCUUCUCUUUCCAAGGAACGGGGACACCGAAUCCUACUCCACCGCCCACGCGAUCCAGUCCAGUAGCGUUUGGUGCCGGUGGUUCUGUUGUGUCAGGGUAUAGCAACAUCAGUCAUCCGGUUGCACGGUACGACAGCUCCGCAGGGUACUCCCCUGGUCAGAGUGCGGAAAAUAGCCCGGCUAGACCCUCGUCCCAGGCGUCUUCGCGUUUUACUCAACAGUCGUCAUCUCCGUCAUGAAAAAUACCUUGAUCUGUUCCCCCGUUUGUCGGAGAGCAAACAGACUUGAAAUGGUCAUGAAGCGAUCAACUCAUUAUGGUACAAACUUCCCAGCAAAUCGGUUAACCAGCAGUCAUGUUAGUUAUCUUAACAGAGGAAUUUUAAAAUAAUGUUCCUUGGAAAAAAAAGGGCGUUCGAGAACAGUAGUAGCGUGUCGGUAUCAGUCUGUUUAGUCAGUCAAAACACUGUCCGUCCAUGAUACAGCAGUGAUAUGGUAGUUGGAGUAGCUGUAGACUUUCCGACGUAGUUACCUUGCGGAUAGAAAUCUGACAAGUGAUUAGUCGGAACGGCAAAGAUCUCAUCUUGUCAAGAAGUGACAGGCAAAAACUUUUAAAUCGGUUUUCCAGAAAAUGUCACCGAUAAAGAGAACCAAUCAAUAUCAAUGUCUUAACCUUAAAAAUGCGGCCCAAAUCUGUAGUAAUUGAUUUAACACAUUUAUGGUCUGUAAACUGGAAAAGCUGAUGCUCGAUCAUUCGAAAAACGAAAUACGAUUUGUACUCGCCCGAUGACGGACUAUGGUUAGAGAAUUAGAAAUCUGGAAAUGUAUAAACUCUUUAAGGUAUUCACUUUUCGGGAACGGCAAGCUACAAUUUUCUCUUGGUACCUGAAGAGGGCGUGGCCGGGUGUUGGACAGAGGUUUCGUUCCAAAGUUCCCGUUAAUCGUUAGUACCAGUUACAGGGUUGCCUCUGAUAGGAUCAUUCUGUUUUCUAGGUCAGGGUAAAUUAAUGAACUUUGCGAAAAAGGUUAAUUGAAAACCAGUCGAAGUGGUAAAGCCCAUUCUUCACACAAAACGCAACCAUUUGAGCCUUAAAUGCUCAAAUUCAAAAGGAAUUCCUGAACCGUUAGCCUGCCUUUGAGGCGUACAUAUCUUAUAUGACGGAGCACUUCUUCUCUGUUCUCCGGAGCACAUCCCUCGAGGUGGAAAAAAAUUAGAGACAUUUCCAUGUACAUGUAAAUAGAGCGGAUGUCGCUGAAGUAAAUAAUUUAUU